CAAGAUGUAAAUCAAGAGUCGUACUGUAGUCCGGCAUCAUUGGCGAGUUUUGAUUGUUCCGCGGCCAUUGGCCCAGCCGGGUCAGGGCACAACGGUACAAUAGCCAUGGCGCAGUCCAAGACAGGAGUUGUGGUGAAGAACACGUUUCUGGAGGUUGGAGACCACAUGCCGCCAAUUUCCGAUUGGCGCAGACAAAUGUCCGAGCCAGUGAAAAUCUACACUAGCCAAGUGGACGACUUUGAGGAUGACUUCGCGGAAGAGGCACAGGCUCCGGAGAUGCCGCCCUUGCCGUUUUCUUUGGCGCCGCCUGCUGGGUCGACACAUGUGCCUGGACAGAUUCCUAUGGCCGCUGCGCCUGUCCCCACCCUUGAGGCACAGCCGUACGGACUGCGGCAGGGCGGCCGAGAGCAGGGCAGGCGAGAGCUUCGGAGUGGCAGCGGCAUCAACUCGCUGAAAAACAACGACAUCACGAGCAAGGAGCCGCCUUGGAACGAUGUGACCACUGUCAUGAUGCGGAACCUGCCGAACAAGUAUCGGCAGCAAAUGCUGCUGGACGAGCUGGCAGAUGCAGGGUUUCGAGCCCAGUCUGAUUUCGACUUUUUUUACCUUCCGAUGGACCACAGCAACGCUGCGAACCUCGGAUACUGUUUCAUUAAUUUCACUGAGCCGGCCUUGGCCAACUCCUUCGCAGCUGCCUUCCAGGGCAAGAAGAUGCGCCGCUUUAACUCGCAUAAGACUGUGGUUGUAAUGCCUGCAUCAAUCCAGGGAUACGAGAGGAACUACAAGUACUACUCCUCAACCAGAGUGGCUCAGGCAGAGGACCCAGCCUAUCGGCCCCUAUUUCUGAGACAUGAUCUAGAGGCUUCGGCGCAGGACAGGAAAGGCUCUGGACGAGGUAAAGGAGCAGAGAAAGGAGGCAAAGGCGGAAAGAAAGGCUCCAAGGACAAGGGAAGCAAAGGUUCUGAUGGCAAAGGAGUGGAGGCCUUCUCCCAAUUGGCCUUCAUGGGCCUGGAAUCGGGUCCACAGGGCGACUGGACUAUGGCUGGGGAUCAAAUGCCUUGGCAGCAAGUGCAAGCUCCUGUCAUGCAAGCGCCGUUCCAGGCCCAGGGCGGCAAGAGCGGGAACUCUGUCACCUGCAUGAACUGUGGCAACAUGUGCAACAGUGAGCACAGGUUCUGCUCCGGCUGCGGUAAUCCAGUGCAGAAGAGCCCAGGUGGUGCUACUGCUGGUGGCAACACAGGCCCCAAGGGUGGCUCCUGCGGAGGACAACCCAUGAACGGCAUGGUCAUGGGAUGUGGACCCAUCUGGGGCUGUGGCGGCUGCUGCGGGGGCUGCGGCUGCUGUGGAGGUUGCUGUGGCUGCGGGCCUUGUGGCGCCCAGGGCUGCGCGGCUUUAAGUGCAAUGAACAUGCGGGCGGAUGCUCCCACCUUUAUGCCGCACAUGGCCGAGGAGGGUGGCAAGCAGAACCAGCCGGUCAACAACCAGUUGCCGGACUCAGUGAGCAAUGAGCUGGACGUGAUGCGUGGACGUUUGAUGCUGAUUGCAGCGCUGAAGGACAUUGAGCAAAGAGAUGCGGACACCCCGGCAAAAGACAGUAGCGUAGCCUGGUUGGCUUGAGCCAAGCUGACUGCAGCGGAGUCUGGCUGGCCUGUGCUUUGGUGCAACGUAAGGAAAUAGCCUUGCUGAACAAGCUCAAAGAUUGUGCUGCAAAAAGUGGCGUCGAAUUGCCAACAGACGAAAUCUCUACGCCAUGGCGCGUGGCGACUGUCACAUGACAGCACCAAUGGGACACAUGUCUGGGCUGAGAGCAAUCAAUC